AUGAGCGACGAAGAUCAAGCCAAGCAGCUAUUAGAGUGUGUGGGAAGAUUGUCCCCGUCCUCGAGCAAGAAAGCACCACGGAUGCCGAAGUGCUCCAGAUGCAGGAACCACGGUUAUGUCUCACCGUUGAAGGGACAUAAACGAUUUUGCAACUGGAGAGAUUGCCAAUGCCAAAAAUGUAAACUGAUUGCAGAAAGACAGAGAGUGAUGGCUGCCCAGGUGGCCCUCCGCCGCCAGCAGGCCCAGGAAGAGGAGAUGGGCAUCUGUAACCCAGUCUCCAUUUCCAGCUCUGAGAUCGUAGUGAAGAAUGAGCCAUCAGGCGACUGCCUGUUUUCUGUUGGGGGAAGAUCCUCAACCACAACGACCAUGACUUCUGCUGCCUCUGCCUCAGGUGCCCGCCCCCCACUGUCUCCCAGCCCCUCAGCCACCAGCAGGGGCCAGCCUGAGGGGACGUCAGACCUGGUGGUGGAUGCCUCCUACUACAACUUCUACCAGCCUUCCCGCUAUCCGGCCUACUACAGCAACCUCUACAACUAUCAGCAAUACCAGAUUCCCAACGGUGACGGUCGCCUGCCCAGCCACAAUGUGUCUCCCCAGUACCGGAUGCACUCGUAUUACUCUGCAGCCUCCUACCUGAGCCAAGGCCUUGGGACGUCUGCCUGCGUGGGUCCCAUCUUCCCCUUGGAAGAGAACGGCACCUGCCCCGAGGCCAAGUCAUCCUGUGAUAGUGUUGGCGGCCAUGACUCAGCGAUGGGCUGCCUCUCCAUCAACUCCCUUGUCAACUCGGAAGCUAAAAACGAUUGUGAAGGCAACUCUGAGUCAGAUACCUUCACUGUGGAGUCCAUCAUUGAAGGAGCCACCAAGUAA